AUGUCUACAACGUCUGCAGAACUUUUGGACAGGUUGGCGCAAAUUGUGAUUGUUGCAAAAUGCAAAUGCUCCUUUCAACGGUAUUACACAAAAACAAAACCUUCAGACAACGAAUAUUUUCUAGAAAAUUUUCAGAUCCAAAUCGAUGACUCAUAUUAAUUGUCUCCAUAUUGACACAUGGAUUGUUGAAGAACUAAUAACUGCUGUUCAAUUAUCACAACAGUAUCUUAAGAUCUUUUUAAACAAAAAAAACUCAAAUUUUCAGACCAACAUAUGCUUCUCCAACAGAUUCAAUAAUUUACACUGAAAGUCUAGAUAGUUUAAAAUGA